AUGGAAGAUGCUAGUUACUUAACAAAUGGAUAUUUGGAAACCAUCAUAGAUUGGAUACCUAGUAUGAAAGGUAUACGUUUGAAGGAUUUUCCAAGUUUCAUAAGAACAACAGACCCAAAUGAUUUUAUGUUGAAAGUUAUUAUAAGUGAAUUUGAAAAGGCUAAAAAGGCCUCUGCGAUAAUUUUGAACUCAUUCGAUGAACUAAAGCAUGAUGUUAUUGAUGCUCUUUCAUCUAUUCUUCCUCCAAUUUAUUCAGUCGGACCAUUGCCUAUUCUCCAAAAUCAUAUCCAAGAUAACGACUUGAAGUUGCUUGGAUUAAAUCUUUGGAAAGAAGAGUCUGAGUGUCUUCAAUGGCUUGACACGAAAGAACAUAAAUCUGUGGUGUAUGUGAAUUUUGGAAGCUUCACUGUCAUGACACCAAACCAAAUGAUUGAAUUUUCUUGGGGACUAGCUAAUAGCAAUCAAAACUUUUUGUGGAUAAUAAGGUCUGAUCUUGUUAUUGGUGAUUUGGCUGUUCUUCCACCUGAAUUUGUGGAGGAGAUAAAAGAUAGAGGCCUGUUAGCAAGGUGGUGCCCACAAGAAAAAGUUCUCGCCCACCCGGCAAUUGGAGGAUUCUUAACUCACUGUGGGUGGAAUUCAACUCUUGAAAGCAUAAGUGCCGGAGUGCCAAUGAUUUGUUGGCCAUUUUUUGCUGAUCAACAGACCAAUUGUUGGUUUUGCUGCAGUCAAUGGGGCAUUGGCAUGGAGAUAGAAAAUGAUGCUACGAGAAAUAAAAUUGAGAGCUUUGUGAGAGAGUUGAUGAAUGGAGAGAGAGGCAAAGAGAUGAAGAAUAAUGCAUUGGAUUGGAAGAAAAAGGCUGCGGAGGCCACUGCAGGUGCAGCUUAUGUGAUUCUGGAGAAAAUGAUCAACCAAAGGGAGGAAUGGGAAGAACAAUUUCGAGGUGACCAUCUUUGGGAAAACAUGUCGAACCAGAAGAAGGAAGGUGGGGAACUAGAAUCUGCUGAUGAAGAACCUGAACCUGAUGGGCCAAGAUGGCCGCUAAAUGGGGUCGAUGCAGCAAUUACUAGUGAAGUAAUAGAAGAUGGAGGAAGCUUUGUCAAAGACGAAGAGCUUGGUUGCAACUCAUCAGGAGAAAUCCCCAAGGAAAAUCGAUAUAUCAUAGAUAUUCACCAUGAAGAGUAG